AUGUUACCUCUUCGGUGGCUGACCUCGGCAUCGCGACGUACUAUGUUCACCUUUGCCAAAAAGUCGCUCUGGCAGGUGCCGCCUACCGUGGAACCUCCAAUACCUCAGCAGGAACCUGUCGACGAGGAGCGCUGUCCAGGUUAUAAUUCAGCGAGCUUUUACCCAGCAAAUCCUGGGGAAGUACUGAAUCACAAUCUACUGUAUGGCUUGCCAGAGACAUUUCAAGUGGCUCUCAAAAUAAUUAACAGUAACAGUGCCGAUGAUGCUCAGCAUGAAAAGGAGAUUGAAAGCCAUAUCGCGCACCGAAAUCCAGGACAUCGGGGCCGCGUAGUUUUGCGUACAUGUCUGGAUGACGUCGAAGUAACUGGCCCUGAAGGGAGGCACAUAUGCCUUGUAUAUGAACCAAUGCGUUUUGUUGAUCGCAGGAUUCCCUUGCCCAUUGCGACGGCCUAUAUCUAUUUCCUCCUUGCUGGUCUUGAUUAUCUCCACUCAGAGUGCCAAGUGGUCCACAGUGACCUGAAGCUGAGUAACAUCCUCAUAAGCUUUGAAAACGAAAGAAUUCUUACCAACUUUAUAAAACAGCAACAAAAAAUGCAAUAUAAGAUUGACGGCAAGGGUGGUCGGAUUAUCUACCGCUGCCAUAAUGACUUCGGUGCUCUUGACGGGCGAGAUAUCAAGAAUCUGAUUCCCAAAAUAGCAGAUUUCGGACUUGCAACGAGACUUGACAAGUUGGAUUCUCAAGAUGGAGUGGUAGGAAAGCAACUUGGCAUUUAUCCUAUCCAACCAGAUUUCUACCGUGCUCCAGAGGUGAUCCUUGGUUGCGGUUGGGAUUUCAAGGCGGAUAUUUGGAACUUUGGUGUUUUGGUUAACCGCUCGUUUGGCUUGGCCUUAAUGCUAACUAUCCUGUUCGGCAAGUUGUGGAAUAUCCUUGGAAGCCAGGAGUUAUUCAAACAGGUAUAUGAUGCCGACGGCAAAUACGAGGCAAGGUCACACCUUGCGGAAAUGAUUGCUCUACUCGGCCCACCACCCAAGGAAUUGCUUGCGAGAUCAAAGACUAUGUCAGACCAGAACUGGCCCCAGCCUGUUUUGAACGACUCUGGCAAACUAUGCAAUAAUGCCCAGGAAUUCUUUGGUGGUCCCUUCUUUGAUGCAGAAGGGGAAUUCCGCCAUAAUGAGUUGAUUCCGUCUCGAAGCUUAGAGAAUACAACCCCACUCCUCGAACAGGAAGAACAAGAAGCAUUUUUAUCCUUUGUUCGGCAAAUGCUCACUUGGCUCCCGGAGGAGAGGAAGACAGCUCGUGAACUAAUGGAUCAUCAGUUCCUCAAACUUGGAGGUUGA